CAAUGAAUAAAUUUCAGUAAAUGUAUGGGGAAUGGUGCGCAGGAGACAGCUCAUAUAUUGAAACGUGAUUAACUUUCAGUGUAUUUGAGAGACAUUUGUUAGAUAUUUAUCAGCACGCCUCUAGAGCGUGACCUAAAAUAAAUUAUCAAGGCCGUCAGUAGAGCGGGAGAAGAGCAUUUAUUUUUCCCCUUUCCUCUAGGGUAAACAAGAGGCUGAGCUCCCGCCUGGCACCACGAGGGGGCGAUACGUUCUGCCCCGUGCUCCUUAUCGUGGUUUAGGGCAAUCGAUAAAUCGGAGACACCAGAGUAGUUGGGCAAGUUAUUUAAUGUCUGCCUCAGUUUUCUCAUCUGCAAAAUGGAGAUAAUAAACUACUCCCAAACUCCUGCCACCUUCCAGGGUUAGGAGAAUUAAACAAGGGGAUAAAAGUAAAGCGUGGUUAGAACUGUUAGUUCACGCCUUUCUCGUCUCAGCCCGCGCAGACGCAGUGACACCGACGACGCAGCGAGCCCGCGCAGACGCAGUGGCACGCCGCUAGCCGCAGAAGGGCGCGCGCCCGGGCACGCGCGGCUCCCUUCACCCACUCCUCCUCCUCCUCCUCCCCCAUCUUCUUCCCGCUCUCGCGGGACUGGAUGGGCCUAAAGAACGCGCUGCCCAGCCAAGCAAGCGGGCUCGCGGCCCCUCGGGCCCCAGUGGUUCGCCUCCUCUCGGACUAGGCAGACAACGAGGCCCGGGCGGGAGGAGCGCUCGGCGCCGCUGAGGGGCCCCGGCCCUCUCUCCCCGGCGGCGGCGGCAGUAGCGGCGGCGGCUUCUCCCCCGGUGCAAUAUGUUCAAGAGAAUGGCCGAAUUUGGGCCUGACUCCGGCGGGAGAGUGAAGGGGGUUACUAUUGUUAAACCUAUAGUUUAUGGCAAUGUUGCUCGUUAUUUUGGAAAGAAAAGAGAAGAAGAUGGUCACACUCAUCAAUGGACAGUAUAUGUAAAACCAUACCGAAAUGAGGAUAUGUCAGCAUAUGUGAAGAAAAUCCAGUUUAAAUUGCACGAAAGCUAUGGCAAUCCUUUAAGAGUUGUUACAAAGCCACCAUAUGAAAUUACAGAAACAGGUUGGGGUGAAUUUGAAAUAAUCAUCAAAAUAUUUUUCAUUGAUCCUAAUGAGAGGCCUGUAACACUUUAUCACUUACUAAAGCUGUUUCAGUCAGACACCAAUGCAAUGCUGGGCAAAAAGACUGUGGUUUCUGAGUUCUAUGAUGAAAUGAUAUUUCAAGAUCCAACAGCAAUGAUGCAACAGUUAUUAACGACAUCUCGCCAGCUAACUUUAGGAGCCUAUAAGCAUGAAACAGAAUUUGCUGAACUUGAAGUAAAAACCAGAGAAAAAUUAGAAGCUGCCAAGAAAAAAACAAGCUUUGAAAUUGCUGAACUUAAAGAGAGAUUAAAAGCAAGUCGUGAAACUAUCAAUUGUUUAAAAAAUGAAAUCAGGAAGCUUGAAGAAGAUGAUCAAACUAAAGAGAUAUAAAAAAAGAAUCUCACAAAGACUUAGUAGGGAAGCAACUGAGAAUAAAGAGAGUUUGUAAAAUGGAGCAAAUGCUAUUGUGUUUCUUAAAGAAACUUCAGGCAGAGUUGUGCUUUCUUAGCAAAGACUCCAAGAAUUUGAAUCUCUUAAACAAUUUGAAUGUAAAAUCUGCAUAUGUAAUUAUAAAGUGCAUUGUAUAGGCAUUUUGCUGAUCCAUUGAGGGCAUUCCUAUGACUUCAAGCACAACCUCUAGUUUAUUGUUAUUGUUGUUUUUUAAAUUGCAUUGUGUAUAAAGCUUGGUAACUUUAGAGAGAAAUUUUCACUGUAAAGUAUAGCUUUUGCACAAAUUUUGUAUUUUUUCAGAAUGUAGAAUUAGGGUUUAAAAAAUGGACUUAACCUGCUUCCAGCAGGCUCAAGCUGGUUUUGUAUGUGCUACAGCGGUCACCCACAGAAGAGAACUUUUCCUCGUCUGCAAUGAUCCCUCCAUGUCAAGAUCAUAGACUUAAGAAUGUUGGUCACCAUUGGAUCCGUAAUGGACGUGAAGGGGCUUUUAGCAGUGUUAAGGAGAUUGCACAUGUAAGCUGCACAGUUCCAAGGAUCCUGGGACAAGAUUGAACUGCAUUUUCACAUCUUAAGUUUUGAAGGGAGACUUGGUAUUCUCUCUAAUGGAGUAAGAUCAAUGCCGCACUCCAGAAGUCUCUUCAAGGAAUUACCAGUGUCUUAGUUCCCAUUUAGGGAAUAAGGACUGACCCUGUAGACUCACCGAUGUGGCUAGGAAACUUCUGCCAGUGCAGCCGAGUGAACGUGCCUAAGAUUCCAGCUAGUGUGUGUCAGGGAUGGGACUAGAACCCGGAUCUUUCUGGCUUUGUCUUCAACUCUGUCCACUAGGCUCCACUGCCUCUCAUUUACUUAGGCAUUAUCUUAAGAAGUUGAAGAACAUAUUUUCAUUUUUGAAUAUAGUUUGUAAAUAAAUAUUUGAAGAUGAAAUAAAUCUUGAUGGAGUUAUUUAAA